AAAGUCGUUCCUGCGUUGGAUUCCAUCCUUGGAAGAGUCAGACGUCAAUGUUUUUCGUAAGGGCACAGAUGAUCCGAACAAGGGCCUGAUCAACAUUGCUAGCUAUGGUCUUCUAUCCCGUCAUCCUAAAGCUCUUCCAGGAGGAACGGUAUCAAGUCGUCAUCUUGGACGAGUCGCACUUCAUCAAGAACCGAACAACUCAGCGUUAUAAGGCGGUGGGCACCCGUACUCCAGAGAGCGUCACGCGCCAUCUUACUAUCCGGAACACCUGCUCUUUCUCGACCCAUGGAGCUCUACACCCAGGUCGAAUGUGUACGGCCGAAGCUGCUUCCUUACGCACAGGAGUACGGGAUACGCUACUGCGCUGGAUUCCAGGGCCCAUUCGGUUGGGACUUCACAGGGAACUCGAACCCUUUGGAGCUGCAGAAUUUCUUGGAAGCGACUGUCAUGUUGCGGCGGCUAAAGGCAGAGGUCAUGGACCAGAUGCCGGCGAAGAGUCGUAAACUGGUGCUCCUUGACCCUAAGGCACUCACUGGUGUGAGGAAGGCCACCAAGAUUUCCAAUGCGCUGGCGCUGAACUCCGCCAAGGGCCGUGACCAGCGAGAGGACACCAGAGCUAUGCUUCUUGAGCUGUAUUCUAUCAGUGCCCAGAGCAAGCUUCCAGCUGUCAAGACAUACAUACAAGAAUCAUUGCAGGAUGUAUCAGAGAAGAUGGUUGUGUUUGCCCAUCACCAAACGAUGUUGGAUGGGUUGGAAGAACUCAUCAAGUCAAUGAAACUGGACUUCAUUCGCAUUGAUGGCAAGACGAACAGCAAGGCCCGCCAAGUGUACUGCGACAAGUUUCAGAACGACACGGAUUGCCGUGUUGCGUUGCUGUCCAUCACCGCUGCUGGAAUUGGCAUAACGCUGACUGCUGCUGCUCGUGCCGUGUUCACUGAGCUCUACUGGAACCCCGGGAUGUUGAUCCAGGGAGAGGAUAGAGUGUAUCGCAUUGGUCAGAAAAGCAACGUAGCUAUUCAGUACUUAGUUGCUCAGGGGACAGUGGAUGAUCACAUCUGGCCAAUGGUCAACAAGAAGCUUGGUGUACUGGAGCAGUUUGGUGUGGGCUUGGGCACGUUCAAGGGAGUCGACACACACGUACAGAAGAGUGAUGAAGGGCUGCAACCAGACCUGUUCGACUACUGGUCGGACGUCCUGGACGUGAAAGAUGUCGACGUCGCUGGUGGGGAAGUCCCGGUGGAUGUGACUGCCGGCGAUGCUGACAGCCAUGCUGCUGCUGCUGCGCCAGGUCAAUGUGACCCCCCUGUCAGCGGUACUGCUGGAGUAGACAUUGAUGACGACGCGUGUGAUGUGCCCGACAUCGAUUUGGACGCAGAGCUAAAGGAUCUGAACGAUGCCUCGGCAGGUUCAUUGCAGGAUGAGGAUCUGGCUACCAGCGAUGUGGAGUACGCUGGUGCUGAACAUGCUGAAGAUGCGAACAGCGUUGAUUUUGACUUUCACACAGCUGCUAGUGACGAUGAUGGCACCGGCAUUGAUUACGAUGCUCUUCUCGUGGCCAGUGACGAUGAGCAGAUCAUGCGCACAAGCAGCAAGGCAGCUGCAGGAGCUGCAGCUGAUAAGCACAGUGGUGGUGUGAGCUUAGAACCGAGUGCUAAACGCCGGUGCUAGUGCGCGUACCGAGUGUCCUUCCUCUUUUGUUAGAUCAUGCUUCCCUUUCCUUCUUUUUUGUCUAGUUUAAUAGGGUGUGUGUGUGUUUUUUUCACUUUCAUAAUCAGGCUCCCUUUUCUUGUCCCUUUCUUUGCAUAUACUGCAUAUAUAUAUUUUGAUGCUUGUUGCCACCCAUGUUGGAGAAAUGCUGUUAGUGAUGCUUUUUUCGUCUUGAAUCAUUAUCUGAACUUA